CACAGGUUUUGCUUUUCAUUAUCAAAAUGAUUGUUAAACUGACUGGAUCAACUUCCUUUUUAGUAACACUAUUGUUUUCGCUUUGUGAAAAUGUUGCUGCUUAUGACUUGCAUCACAAAAUUCUCGCCCCAUUUGUAAAGAUUGGAGGCGGUUACUAUUUUAUUGAACGAAACCUUCAGAAAAAUUGGUUUGAUGCCUACGAAUCUUGUCGACGACUACAAGCUGAAUUAAUAACGCUUGAAACUGAAGACGAGCUGCGACUGGUAUCCAAAUACCUUACGCAAAAUAACAUUUUCGACCGCUAUUGGACCUCGGGAACGGAUUUGUCAGAGCAAGGAAAACAUGUUUGGUUUUCCAAUGGACAGCCUUUAUCAUCGCAAUUGUGGUACUCGGGAGAACCAAAUAACAAAGAUAAAAAGGAGCAUUGCGAUGAACUGGGAAAUAGGAUUAAAGAUAAACCUGGAAUGAAUGAUUUAGAUUGCAACUCAAAAAUUGGUUAUAUUUGCGAAAUACAUAGCGAAGAACAUUGCAGCCAUGGUCAUUGAAUAGUCAAGUUAUAUAAGAAAAAAUAUUGUCAACUUGAAGUGCAAAUAUUGAAUUAUAAUUUGAGUUACUA